UCUGCGAGCGCCGGCCUCACUUCUCCUUUAUGGCAGCAGAGGACCCGAGGUGCCGCGGGUGCCGCAUGGCGCACAGCGUGCUCUACGCCGACCUGCGCUUCGCCAAGGGGCCGUGGGGCUGCGGCACGGCCAGCGGGGCGCUGGGGGAAGGUGGGAGCCGCGGGACCCCCGCAUUGCCCCGUGCCGGACCCCUGCACACUGCCCCCUGCCUUCCUCCCGCAGCCCCCGGCAUGGACGAGGCCGACAGCCCCUACGAGAACGUGGCACCGGGGCCGGCGCCUGCGGGGACGGCUGGGGAAGGGACCCGGCACAGCCCAGGGCGCUGCUCCCGGCGGCGCUGCAUCCCCGCGGGGCUGCUGGCAGCCAGCCUGCUGCUGCUGGUGGCCCUGGUGGCCCUGGGGACCUGCUACUGGCAGGCGACCCGUGAGCUGCGGGACGCGUCCCGGGAGCAGGCGGCCGAGCGCGGCCGCUUCUCGCAGGAGGCGCGGGCGUGGGAGCAGAGCCUGGAGCAGGCGCGCCGGGAGCUGGCGCAGGCGCGCGCGGAGCUGCAGCGAGCGUGGCGAGAGGGCAACAGCAGCCUGCUGGAGCUGGGCAGGCAGGAGGCCGAGCUGGCGCGCGUCUCGGGGGCCCUGGCCGGCGCCGAGAGGGAGCUGCAGGACGUGCAGGGGCGGCUCGAGGCCGGCGAGCGUGCGGCCAGCAGCCUGCGCGCCUGCCUGGACGCAGACUGCUGCCCCCCGGGCUGGCUGCUCUACCACGGCAAGUGCCUCUUCGUCUCGUCGGAGAAGAAGAGCUGGUGGCAAAGCCUGAACGACUGCGAGGCGAGAUCCUCCCAGCUGCUGGUGCACGGCGAGCGGCAGGCAUGGGCGCUGCCGCCUUUCCUGCACACAGGCGGCACCAAGUACUGGGUGGAGGAGGAGAUUUCCAGCGCUACCGGGUUGGUCAUGCGGCAGGACAGCGUGCUGUAUGACACGCACGCUUACACUGACAAGUGCUCGCUGUCAGCGGCCAAGGGCAUCGAGAGGUUGGCGUGCAGGAGGCUCCACCAGUGGAUCUGCGAGCAGCCCCCGAGGCUGAGCAGCAUGUCCAAGGCCCUCGCAUCUCUCCUGGACGAGGAGUGACCACGCUACCACCCCCUCUCCGUCACAGGAUGCGGGGACAGGAGCCGGGGGUGCCCCCAGAAACACUCCCCCCACCGUGCACACAUCGCCUCCGCCGCAUGGCAAAGCGCUGGGAAGAUGGGCUGUCUGUAUUUUAAAGCAAGGCUUAUGGAAUAUAGACCUUAUUCCCCUCUCUCUCACGCAUGCACGCACCCGUACCACCCUGCUCCUGCCCCUCAGACCCACGCUUGUGUCCCCAUGUGCCCUGGCCAGCCUCCCGUCACAGUCCCUGGGGAAGGUGCAGCGUCAUCCUGAGAAACAGCUGGGAAGCCCCGAGAUGUCGGGGGAAAUGGGGGUGCAGAGGGGGGCCCUGAGGCCAUGAGGGGAAAAUGGGGGAGCCCUGAGGCCAUAGGAGGAAAUGGGGGUGCAGUGAGGAUCCUGGGAGGGAUGGGAGAGGAUUGGGAACAUGAGGGAAGAAAGAGGAGAGCUCUGACACUUGGGGGGGAAGAUCUCAAAGACCGUGGUGGGACCAGCGAGGGGGGACAGCCUGGGGGACAAUGAGGGAGCCAGGAGAUAGUGCUGACCCUCCCUGCUCGCUCAGUGGUUUUGGGAAAAGGCCGCUCCAGAGAGGUGGUGGAGGUGAGGACCACUUUGGACCUGGACCUAGGCACCUCCUGAGAGAGGAGAGGCGUGGAAGGAUGCUGGUGGAGCCGGGCCACAGCGUGGUGAAGCUGGAAGAGAUGAGCCGUGAGGUGCCCCGCGAGCUCAGCUCCGUGAGAAAUGAGGACUUGCUGUGUCCGUGCGUGUCUGGCUGGUCCUGGGCAGCCCAGGGGCCUCCCCUGAGCUCCAGCCACCACAGCACCACAGUGCCCUUGGGCGCUGCCACCGCAAAGAGUCCUGCACAGCCCCCUCCUUGUGGGUCCCCUGGGCCCAUCCAGCACGGCCGCCUGCUCUCCUGUUCCCACCAGCCAAUUUCUCAGUGCCCCAGCCCUGAAGGGUCACGGUGAAAGGCCCACGUUGCUGUCCCCGUGUCCCCAGCCCAGCGCUCCCCAUGGUGGCAGGCAGGCAGGCUGGGCAGGUGCCACCUCUCCUUGGCAAAUCCCAAGUCAUCGACAGCCAGCGAUGGAGCAGGCGAUAAAGCCAAGGGACUCCCCAAGGGGGAUCAGGUUGGGGACACCAAUGGCACCGUCACAGCCAGGUUCAGAAGGU